AUGCCGAUGCGGGCAGUCACCUCCUCGUUGAUGUACCGGGGCAUCUGCACCAUCCCCGACCUCCUCUCCUACGGCGCCCCGGUGAACCUGCCCGAAGACGAAGUUGAAGAGAUCCGCGAGGCCUUUAAAGUGUUUGACCGUGAUGGGAAUGGGUUCAUCUCAAAGCAGGAGCUGGGAAUGGCCAUGCGCUCCCUGGGCUACAUGCCAAACGAGGUGGAGCUGGAAGUCAUCAUUCAGAGACUGGACAUGGACGGCGACGGCCAGGUGGACUUUGAGGAGUUUGUCACGCUUCUGGGCCCAAAGCUGACGGCAGCCGGGUUGCCAGAUAAGUUCAACGGCACCGACUUUGACUCCGUAUUCUGGAAGUGUGACAUGCAGAAGUUGACGGUGGAAGAGCUGAAGAGGCUCCUCUACGACACCUUCUGCGAUCACCUUUCCAUGAAGGACAUCGAGAACAUCAUCAUGACGGAGGAGAACCACAUAGAAAACCCUGAUGAAUGCCAGGUGGAUAUAGACACUUCCAGCCCGACGCAGCAUGUCAAGCAAACCUGCGUGCGCAAGAGCCUGAUAUGCGCCUUCGCCAUCGCUUUCAUCAUCAGCGUCAUGCUCAUCGCAGCCAAUCAGGUGCUGCGGAGCGGCAUGAAAUAG